AUUUUUGAAUGUAUUAAUUAGCACCGCAUAGUUUCGCCGCUAGGGCUGUUUGAUUAAAUGCUGGUUGGGGCGAGUAGCUCGAGUUAGGGAAGCUCAGAUUUUCCUCGUCUUGUAAAGCAAAUAGUGUUCCAUUUAACCCAGUGCUUAGGGGUUGUUUUGCAAUAACAACUACACUCAAGCGCAGUGCGCAAAUUUCAUUUACAAAAGUCCAGGGUGCAACGAGACAGGGUGCAUUAUUAUGCUAUAGAAUAAUUAACGAAACAGUUGCCGUAUCAUUACUAAGGUGCUAAAGAAUGCUGCGGUGGUUCCUGUUUGGAUGGGUAGUUUUUAACAUAACCUCUGUUUUAAUUGUUGCUUUUGGGGAUUUAGAACCUCCUUCUAAUUCUAGCAAAUUACCACCUUGUAAGGCAUGCAAAACAUUUGUGGAAUCUUUCAAAAAGGGUCUUGAACGCACGUCAAAGUUUAAAUUUGAAGGUGGCGAUACAGCAUGGGAGGAAGAGAAAUUAGGUAGCUAUGCAACAAGUGAAAUCAGAUUUGUUGAAAUUCAAGAGAAGCUUUGUUCGGAGGUAAGGGACGGCAAAGAAUCUUGCUAUAACCUUCUGGAAGAAUACGACGAAACAUUAGAAGACUGGUGGUUCAAUAAACAAACGGAAGAACCCGAUUUGUACAAAUAUUUAUGUAUCGACUCCUUCAAAGUUUGCUGUAAGGAUUUGCAUUUUGGGAAAGAUUGCUUGCCUUGUCCAGGUUACCCUGACAAUAUCUGCCACAAAAAUGGUAGAUGUAAGGGAGCGGGUACCAGAAAAGGGGAUGGAAAAUGUUUUUGCGAUAAGGGAUAUGCUGGGCACUAUUGUGAUAAAUGUGACAAGUCCUUCUAUGUCUCGUACAAGGACGACAGGAAGAUCUUAUGCUCCGAAUGCCAUUUAUCAUGUGACGGAUCAUGUACCAAAGCUGGACCCACAGGUUGUGAAAAAUGUAAGUCGGGGUGGCUAAUGGACAAAGAAAAGGGUUGCCUGGAUGUAAACGAAUGUGCAGCAUCCAAAAGUCCUUGCACACCUUUGCAAUUCUGUGUGAACAAAGAAGGAGGUUAUAGGUGCCUGGACUGUGACAAGGCAUGUGCAGGAUGUUCGGGGGAUGGUCCCGAUAUGUGCGUACACUGUGCAUCGGGGUAUUAUAAAAAGGACAAUAUGUGUACAGAUGCAUCUGAGGAAUACCGUAAAAGCUAUGUUGUUAUUGCAAGGUACUUGACUUACCUAGGCCUAUGUGUGACGACGUGCAUAAUUCUCCAUAAAAACACCUAUUUAGCGGCAAUUAUCGGUUUCUGUGUAGCCGUCUAUAUAACAGUCUCAGAAUACAUGCUUAACUCAGUCCCCAAGUCAAGAGAUGUAGAAAACCAAGUAGCAGAGCAGGUCCUAAAGGCCUUUAACUGAAUGUGAAGUUUCUUCCUAACUCGAUGUGAUUUUAAGUCCAAAUAUUUACAGUGCUGUCUCAAGCCGUUGUACGUGGACAAAUACAAAUCGGUGUGAUGUUUUAAGUUAUUACAAUAAAUUUGUUCUUUUUAA